AUGCAUCAUCAAAAUUCAGAACAGUUACAAAUUUUUAAUGAACAUUACGAUGAUGAUAAUGUGGUUUCAUUCGAUGAUAUAACAUCUUCUUCAACAAAAUUAACAAAUGCAUUCAAUUAUGCAACAAAACUUCUUGAAAAAGUUUCAUCUCUGCGUGAUAAACCUGAAUUAUGUGAUUUUCGUAUUGAUAUUAAUGAUAAACAUUUAUAUUGUCAUAAAUUUUUAUUAAUUGCAAUAUCAGAUUAUUUUAAAGCGAUGUUUAGUGGUAAUAUGAGUGAAAGUCAAUCCGAUCAUGUUGAAUUAAAAGGUUUUGAACGUUCAUCAUAUGGUGUUGAAUCUAUGAUAAAUUUUUGUUAUACCGGUUCAUUAUUAAUAACAUUUGAUAAUAUUGAUGAAUUAUUAAAUGCUGCAACACAUUUACAAAUAAAAGAUGCUAUUGAUUUAUGUUCACAAUUUCUUAUUGAAUUAUCUUCAAUUAAAAAUUGUAUUGAUAUAUAUAAAAUAGCUGAUUUAUAUACACUUCAUGAUGUUUUAAAUAUUAUAAAAAAUUUUAUAUCAAAAAAUUUUGUUUUACUUAUGUUUCAUGCACAUCAUCAAUUUAUACAAUUAACAUAUGAACAAAUUUAUCAUGAAUUAUCUAGUGAUACAUUAGAAAUGUAUCAAUAUAGUGAAUAUGAUUUAUUUACAAUGACAUGUACAUGGAUUAAAGCAAAUUAUAAUGAAAGAGAAAAAUAUAUAGCUAAUUUAUUUAAACUUAUUCGUUUUAUGUUAAUGACACCUGAACAAUUAUGUGAUCAUGUUCGUCAUCAUGAACUUAUUAAAAAUAAUGAAGAAUCAAGAAUAUUAGUACAAAAUGCAUUGUGUUAUUAUGCAUUACCACAUCGACAACCACUUAUUGAUGAUAUACAAUGUCGAAUAAGAAAUGAACCUAUACUUGUUGCUGUUGGAGAAGUUGAAUUAUUUUCAUUAAAUACAAAAAUAGAAAAAUGGGAUACACUUUGUCAAGCUCCAUUAGAAGAAAAUUAUCCGUAUCCAUUUAGUGCAAUAACUGUAAAUAAUUAUUUAUAUGUACUUGGUACACGUCGUUCGUCAUCUGAAGAAUAUAAAUCAUGUUAUCGUUUUUCAGCACAUACAUGUGAAUGGAUUAAAUUAGAAAAUCUUUUACAUGAUCGAUCACGUUUUGCUGCUGCACAUGUCAAUUCAUAUAUUUAUAUUAUGGGUGGUUUUGAAGGUUUUAAACGAACGACACGUGUAUAUGUAAAUACAAUUGAACGAUAUUCAAUUGAAAAUGAUCAAUGGGAAUCAUUUUCAACAGAAGGUCCACAACUUUCAUCUCUAGCAGCAUGUUCAUAUGGAAAUUCAAUUUUUCUUGGUGGUGGAAAAAAUGGUCAAUGGUCAAAAAUUGCUGAUUUUUAUUGUUUUUCAAUUGAUAAACGUCAAUUAGAAAAACGUGCAUCAAUGCUUAAUGCUCGUACAACACAUGCAUUUCAUAUAUUUGAUGAAAAAAUUCUUGCCAUAGGAGGUUUUGAUGAUGAUGGAAAUGGCAUGUUAUCAAUUGAAAGUUAUGAUAUUCAAUGUGAUCAAUGGACUAUAUUAACAUCAAUACCGGGUGCUGUAUCAAAAACAUGGCCACAAUCACUUGGUACAGUUGGUCGAUACGUUUAUAUAUCUGUAUUUCAUACAUCGAAUUCAUUUAUUGUUAUGCAAGAAGGUUAUUUUUUUGAUUUGGAUACUCAACGAUGGGUAAAAGCACCUGUUGUACAUGAACGUGCCAGAUACUGUCCAACCGUUCAACUUCGUAUUCCUAAAACUUUUAUUAAUUCUGUACAAACAACAACUACGACGACUACAACAACAAAUAAUUCAUCAUCAUUACCUGCCACAACUAAUAUCUUACUUUUGAAUACUUGA